CAGACUUCUGUUUACCUGGGCUUCACAGUGUGAUUCAACCUCAUCAAAUUCCAUAGCGGUAUCGAAUAUUUUAUGUGCCAGGAUAUUUUUUUGUGUUCCUGGACUGUCUUACUAUGAGCCGAUUUGAAAGACCAAUCUCAUGCAGGGAAGUUCAAGAUAAACUGGAGGCAGACAGAGCAGAUUCACAUCUGAAUGGUGAUGGUCUUUUAUCUCCGAUUUCUGGAAAAUCAGGUCACUCACUUGUCAGUGUGUGUGCUCCAGGGACUGUCAGUAACAAUACAAAGCAUGAGAGCAAUAGGAACCUCCUUCCGUGUGAAGAAAACAAAGUUUCACAGAAAUGUAACUCUGGCAAGAAGGAAAAGAAGGCAGAUCAGGUACCUUUGGAGAAAUAUAAUGGCACUCUGGUGUACAGUCCUGCACGCAGAAACUCCGGAUCUUUGCGAUAUGCCAUUGAUAAUGUUGGAUUUGAAGCCAGCCUGAGUGAACUUUUUCCUCUACCACUUGACAUCAGCACUGCACAUACCAGCACUGCUCUUAUCAAGAUUGCGGGCAUGACUUGUCAAUCAUGUGUACAGUCUAUCGAGGGCCAGAUUUCCAAAGAGAAAGGUGUUGUCAGCAUUAAAGUGUCUCUCAAACAGAAUAAUGCAAUGGUAAAGUAUAUACCGACAAUAAUCAGCUCUCAACAGAUAUGUGAGGCAAUUGACGACAUGGGCUUUGAAGCAUCUCUCACUAAGCAAAAUGAAUCUUUGCUUGGGAGGAAAAUUCCCUUGCCGACUGAAGUUAUCACGAAGAUGAAAGUGCAAGGUAUGACAUGUUAUUCAUGCGUUAGCAAAAUUGAAGGCAAAAUCAACAAAUUGCAAGGUGUAAACCGGAUUAAGGUCUCCCUUGACAAACAAGAAGCUGUUAUUGUGUACCAGCCACAUGUGAUUCAACCAGAAGAGCUUAGAAGCCAAAUUAAUAACUUGGGUUUUCAAGCCAGGAUCAAGACCAGACCAGCUUCUCUGAAACUUGAUAUGAUCAAAUCUAUUGAUUUACAGGAUAAAAAAAGUAAAAACUUGAUAUCCAAUCACAAACUGCCAAGUACUAUCUGUAACCUUGCAACUGCAGUUCUUCAGGUAGAGGGAAUGCAUUGUAAGUCUUGUGUUGCGAAUAUUGAAGGAAAUAUCAGAGAACUCUCUGGGGUACAGAGCAUCAAGGUGUCCUUAGAGAGAAAAAAUGCUAUUGUAAAGUAUGAUUCAAUCGUGACUAAUCCAGCAUCAUUAAAAUUAGAGAUUGAAGCUCUCCCACCAGGAAACUUUAAAGUUUAUCUUCCAACUGAAUUGGAAAUGGAAAAUGAGACUUUAUCAAUUCCAUUUACACGCUUACUACAUCAACCAAGCUGUGAUACUGAAAAGCUCUUCCAAAUCCCAAACAGCUUUGCAGUAAUUAAUAUUGGAGGAAUGACAUGCCACUCUUGUGUACAGUCUAUUGAGGAGACAAUCUCUGAAAGGAAUGGUGUAAAAUUCAUCAAAGUAUCAUUAGCGAAAAAGAAGGGGACAAUCCACUUUGAUCCAACACUAACAAAUUCUGAGGACUUGAGAGCUGCCAUAGAGGAGAUGGGGUUUGUUGCCUCUGUAUCUGAUGUCAGUAGCAUGAGUGAUUCCACUUCAUUCAUUUCAAACAUAUCCUCAAGGAAUUCCGUGCAUACCGUAGGAAGUGAACGUAUUGUAAGGAAAAAGGUAUUCCCUUCCACAGAACACAUUGUUGAGUUUCUACCUCCCAAACCUGACCCAGAUGACCACAACAGUGAAACACCAUCAGCAACAGGAAAGUGUUUCAUACAAGUGACUGGUAUGACAUGUGCUUCUUGUGUUGCCAAUAUUGAACGUAAUCUUCAAAGAGAAGAAGGUAUAUAUUCCAUCCUGGUAGCAUUAAUGUCAGGAAAAGCAGAGGUCAAGUAUAAUCCAAACAUCAUCCAGCCCACUGACAUAGCAGACUUGAUCAAAAAUUUAGGUUUUGGAGCUACUGUUAUAGAAGACAAUGUUACUUCGACUGGAAAGUUGGAACUUCUUAUUACAGGAAUGACUUGUGCCUCUUGCGUUCACAAUAUUGAAUCAAAAUUAAUGAGGAUUAAUGGCAUUUUGUAUGUGUCUGUGGCCCUUGCUACUAGCAAAGCAUACAUUGAAUUGGAUCCAGAAUUACUGGGCCCACGUGAUGUCAUCAGAAUGAUUGAGGAACUUGGCUUUGGUGCUUCUUUAGUCAGAAGAGAUACAGCUAUGCAUAAUCUGGACCAUAAAGAGGAAAUUAAACAGUGGAAGAGGUCCUUCUUGUUUAGCCUUCUUUUUGGCAUCCCAGUCUUUGGACUAAUGAUAUACAUGAUGGUGAUGGAUGGCAAGCAUGAUGGCUCUAUGCCUCCUGAACAAAGCAUUAUACCAGGUUUAUCAAUUCUUAAUCUGGCAUUCUUUGUUUUGUGUACACCUGUUCAGUUUGUUGGAGGUUGGUACUUUUACGUUCAAGCCUACAAAUCUCUUAAGCACAAAACUGCCAAUAUGGAUGUACUCAUCGUUCUGGCUACUACCAUUGCCUACUUAUAUUCCUGUCUGAUACUGAUUGUGGCCAUUGCUGAAAAGGCGGAACAAAGUCCAAUGACAUUCUUCGAUACUCCUCCAAUGCUGUUUGUCUUUAUUGCCUUGGGAAGGUGGCUGGAGCAUAUAGCAAAGAGUAAAACUUCAGAAGCAUUGGCUAAACUGUUAUCCCUCCAAGCUACAGAGGCUGUAGUAGUAACGCUAGGACCAGACAACACAAUACUGAGUGAGGAGCAGAUAGCUGUGGAUCUUGUCCAAAGAGGUGACAUUAUUAAGGUUGUCCCUGGUGGCAAGUUUCCUGUGGAUGGAAAAGUAAUAGAAGGAUGUUCUAUGGCAGAUGAAUCUCUCAUCACAGGAGAGCCAAUGCCAGUUGUAAAAAGAGUAGGAAAUGCAGUGAUUGCUGGUUCCAUUAAUGCACAGGGUUCUCUACUUAUUCAAGCUACCCAUGUUGGUUCAGAAACAACAUUGUCACAAAUUGUUAAGCUGGUAGAAGAAGCACAGAUGUCAAAGGCUCCAAUUCAACAGUUUGCAGACAAACUGAGUGGAUAUUUUGUUCCAUUUAUCGUUGGUAUUUCUGUGGUUACACUGAUUGCCUGGAUCGGCAUUGGUUUGGCAAACUUUGAAGCCAUUGAAAAGUAUUUGUCAGGUUACAGCAAGCAUAUUCCUAAAGCUGAGGUGAUUGUCAGAUUUGCAUUUCAGACUUCCAUUACAGUGUUGUCUAUUGCAUGCCCCUGUUCCCUGGGAUUGGCUACCCCUACAGCUGUGAUGGUGGGUACAGGUGUUGGUGCUCAAAAUGGCAUUCUGAUCAAGGGAGGUGAACCACUCGAGUUGGCCCACAAGGUAAAAGUUGUUAUGUUUGACAAGACUGGAACGAUUACACAUGGUGUUCCGAAGGUAAUGAGAGUUCUAAUCUUGGUAGAUGUGACUGUGCUGCCAUUGAAGAAAUUGCUUGCAAUUGUUGGCACUGCAGAAGCUAGCAGUGAGCAUCCUCUUGGAAAUGCUGUGGCCAAAUACUGUAAAGAAGAACUUGGCAUAGAUGUUUUGGGAUACUGUACUGAUUUUCAGUCUGUGCCAGGUUGUGGCAUCAGCUGCAAAGUUACUAAUAUUGAAGCAAUUGUGCUGAAAAGUGAACACAGUCUGAAUAAACGUGAACAUAGCACACACUCAUUGAAGAUUAAUGAUUUGCAUGAUGUUAAUACAGUGCGGUCACAAACCACUUCAGAAGGUGCAGUAGCUUCUCAGGCCUACUCAGUGUUAAUUGGAAACCGGGAGUGGAUCACACGCAAUGGUUUACAUGUUGGCAGUGAGGUUAAUGAGGCCAUGACCAGUCACGAAAUGAAAGGUCAAACAGCAGUGUUGGUGGCCAUUGACGGUACACUGUGUGGAAUGAUAGCAAUUGCAGAUACAGUCAAACCUGAAGCUGCACUCGCUGUGUACACACUGAAUAAUAUGGGAGUGGAUGUGGUGCUAUUAACAGGUGACAACCGCAAAACAGCAACAGCCAUUGCCAGCCAGGUUGGCAUCAAGAAAGUGUUUGCAGAGGUUCUUCCCUCACAUAAAGUAGCCAAAGUGCAGGAACUUCAGGAUCAGGGGAAAAUUGUGGCAAUGGUAGGAGAUGGUGUAAAUGAUUCUCCAGCCCUGGCGAAAGCUGAUGUGGGAAUUGCCAUAGGAACUGGCACAGAUGUGGCUAUUGAAGCAGCAGAUGUCGUGCUUAUUAGGAAUGAUCUGCUAGAUGUUGUAGCUAGUAUUGAUUUGUCGAAACAGACUGUUCGUCGAAUUCGGAUCAAUUUUAUUUUUGCUUUCAUUUAUAAUCUUGUAGGAAUCCCUAUUGCUGCUGGAGUUUUUUUGCCACUCGGCCUAGUUUUACAGCCAUGGAUGGGGUCUGCAGCAAUGGCUGCUUCAUCCGUUUCUGUCGUAGUUUCAUCACUAAUGCUGAGACUCUACAAGAAGCCAGAUAUAGAAAAGCUUGAAUCUCAAGCAGAGGGCCGCAUGAAACAAUAUACACCAUCUCAAAUUAGUAUCUGUAUUGGAAUUGAUGACAGACAGGACUUACCAAAGUCUAGGGUCUGGGAUCGAACAAGACACCCUAGUCAGUUAUCGCUUAAUUCCUUGACUUCUGACAAAUGAUCAAAUCAAUCUAUAUAUGAAUGGAAAAGAUGAUCUCUGCUGGUUGGAGAGCAAAAUGAAGAUUAUGAGGUCUAAAGCACUGGUUAAGAAUUCAAAGAAUAUAGAUUUUAUUUUUGAAAUGUGACCAAAGAGUGUCCAUCUAACAUAAAGCUCAUUAAAUGUACAACAGCAACAAAAUGGGACUUUUACUUGGUGUAGUCAAUGUAUUUGUGAAGGUCAAACUACUUUGCUUAUAUUCACUUGUUUUGAACCAAAGGUCCACAGCCUUUAACAAACAGCAAAUAAGUAAUGCUUGUGACUUUAUUCAUUUGAAGUGAAUCUUGGACAUUCUCUCAAAAUCUCAACGGUUUCUUAUGAAUUUCCUAUCAUACCAGCUUUUUGAAGUUGCCAGAGCCAAACGAGACAACUAUCUCAAUUGUUAACAUGCAAACUGCUGUGCCAUGUUUAGAUCUGAGUCUCUAACUCCAAAUAAAAAUGAAAAGAGAAAUGCCUGGGCAUCUGUUUAAUACCAUUGGGUACAUGUUCUUAUUGGUUAAUUCUAAGGUUGAAGAUCAGGAAAGUGUGGCAUUUUUUUGCCUAUUAUCAGCUUUGAGUAAACAAAAAUACAAAAUUAAUUAAUUUAGGGUAAUUUAGAAUGAAGAAAUAAUGUGUUACUGAAUGUGACAUUGAAGACUUUUUUGACUUCAUUAUAAAGAUUUACAUCAGCGGUAUGCAUGUUGCAUCACAGUCCUUAACCAGGCAAAAGAAUUUUAUUAGAAGUGUGAACAGUGAAGUUCCAAAUUAUUCAGAUUUGGGCAUUAGAAUAGAUAGCAUUUCAAAAUCAUACUGAGCAAGAGGCCAAUGGAAUUAAGAGCCUUACUACAUCGUGUAUUCAACUACAUAUUAUAGUAGUGGUGUGCUCUGUUGUUUCAUGUUCAUAAGAUAUUUUUCUUUCCAGCAGUAUUAUAGAUGCAGUAUUACAAUCACACUUGCCAUUCAAGGUCAUUGCAUUAUACACAGCAUAUAAAAUAAGGUUCAAAUCCAAGUGUUGAAUGACUAAGACUUGAAGCAAUAAUUUGUUGUAAAAUUUGUCAGUAGCAAAUAUUGAUUUUCAGUUUAAUUACAGGUAUUUAUUGAUGGAACUUAAUACCCUUGGAUUAAAAAUGUCCAGUUUGGCACGUGCUAUAUUUUUCUGUACCAGUUGACAUUUUGUUCCAUUUUUGUAAUUAGCAAAGUUCAUUUUAAGAAGCAAUGGAUAUUGAGUUUUAAAGGUACUUUGAGAACAAUGUAGGUGGUUUAUCUUCAAAGAUCAUUGUUUUUUUUCAGCUUUAAGUAUAGAUUUUUAAAACAGCUAUUAUUUUAGGAUUGAUUUGAUAUAUUAGUAUUGUAAAAGGUUGAGUUAGAGUAAUCCAUUCUUUCUGUAGGGGGAGAUUGAUGUGAAAAUGUUUUUGUUACUGUGUAGCAACCUUUAAGCUGAUUUAAUGAAAAAGAUAUUUGAAUCUUUGAUUGGGAAGUGGGGAAUAAAACUUCUGUAAUGUGUUAAACACUUUUUUUAAGAAAAUUAAGGAUCAUGUAAAAAUCUGACAACAUUUCACUUAUGUAUAAAAUGCACAUCAUUCUAUCAUAGUUACAAUUUUAGUUUAGAAUCAAUCACAGCAGUGUCUGAGUCAUAUGCCUAUAUUAUAUAUGAAAGGUAUAAUGUGUAACUGCAAAUUAAGUGCUAAGUUUUAUAUUAAAUAGAAACCGCGGCAACUUGUAUUGCACAUGUAACAUUGUAAAAUUGCUCUCAGGAGCAUUACAAAACAUGUUAUGUGAGGAGAUUACCAAGAAUUGUGAGCAAAAGCUUGGUAUUAAAGAGGAAAGAGCUGGAGAGAUUUCAAGAUGGAAGUAAAUUAAGUUAGGACCAAGACAGUUGAAGUCAUAGCCACCAAAGUUGAAAUGAUUAAAAUCACAAAUCAAGAGGCCAAAACUACAAGAAUGCCAAUAUUUUUGAGGAUUGUGGUGUAGACAAAACUUAGGAUGGGGUGAACCAAGGAGGGAUUUGAAGACAAGAAUGAGGAUUUUUUUUAGUUGAAGUGCUUAACCUGAAACCAGCAUAAGUUAGCAAACACAGGGAUGAUUUGAGAUAGUAGCCUUGUAUAACCUCAAGGUGAAAUUGGAAGGUUGGCCAGUUGCAUGUCGGAAUGCUCAAGUUCAGAUGUAAAAAGGCAAGGAAAUGGUAUUUUAAAUUAUUUAGUGUCUUUAUCACUAAUCAAAAAGAAAAGCUUCCUUAAAUUCAGAAUUUUGGUUUCUUUCGUGUUAAGCAUGGAAGGACAUUUUGUUGAUCAGUGUCAUUAAAUGUUUCCUUUCAUUUAAUUGUAUGUAUGUCAAUGUCUAAGUACAAUCAAUUAAUUAAAA